AUGACAACUCCAGAUCUCCAAUCAUCACCACCUUCUCCAACAUUGUUAUCUCUACAACAUCAUCUACCUGAGGGAUACAUACCAUCCUCAAACAUCCAUAACAAAUCAUCAGUACAAUCUUCAGCCACAUCAUCAUUAGUACCAUCUCCAGUACUAUCUUCAAUACCCGCCCCACCUCCACCUCCCUCACCUCAACAACAUCUUCAGACCGAGCCAGAGAACUUAAGUGUUCUCUCAAAAGUCAAGAUAUUCGCAGAGAGAGAAGCAAUCAAUCAUGAGCGACAGGGCAUUCUAAAUAAGCAAGCAUCGAGCACUGGUUCCAAACCUCCUCUGACUCCUUCAAAGAUGCGCCCACCCAAACAAGACUCAUUCCAGUUCAAACCUCCCAUCCCUCCUAGGAAGGAUCUGGAACAAGGUACAACAAGUGGGGAUACAACACCUGGCAAGCAACCAAGGCCGCAACAAGUUAGCACAGAGUAUCCCAACUCAACAACAAGACUAUCAGCCAACUUUGGAUCAUUGGUAUCAAUGUAUGAUCACAGCAGUUCGAAUAGUAGUGAGAUAUCUUCAGAUGAUUCUCGCUCCCUGCCUCAGACACCUCGUCAAAGAAGUGGUAACUUACUGCCACUGAUUGAGAAACUGAACACAUUGUAUGAAGGUGGAGGAGGAAUACAAAAGAGUAAUCCAGCUACACCCAACUUGGCAUCGGCAUCCAAGAAGGAUAAGGAUGGCAGUGAGGUAGUGUCCAAGCCACCUCCAAUCUCUAUCUCUCAACCAGCAGAUCAGUCACAGACACCGCCAACUACCACAGGAUCAUCAACCCCCAGGAACGAAUCCAAUAUAAUGAGUAUCAUCAACGAGUUGAUAUCAACUGAAGGUGAUUACCUUCGUGACCUUGACUUUAUCAUCCGUGAGGUGGACUCUCUUAUGCAGAAGAAGACCAAGUAUGCACGUACUCCCUUGGCCGCACUAUUCUCGAUCAUUCAAAUUAUUCGAGGACUCAACGCCACCCUUGGAUCAGACCUGACCUCCAAUGGAACGCCAACCAUCGAGACCACAACAAAGGUGUUCAAGAACAUUCAUGCAUUCCUCAAGAUGUAUUCCCAAUAUUGCAUCAACUAUACCAAGGCCAUUGUGAACAUCAAGGAACUAGCCAAGUCCGAUCAUAACUUCAAUCAGUUCCUAACCGAAGUGUCAAGUAAUCCCUUGUCCAGAGGACUUGGUCUCCAAGACUAUCUUAUCAAACCAAUCCAAAGGAUAUGCAAGUACCCAUUAUUCUUCAAAGAGUUGAUCAAGAACUCACCUGGAGAGAAUGCAGAGUUGGAGGAGAUUUAUUCAAAGUUGAAUGAGGUUGCUGAUUAUGUCAAUGAAUGUUUGAGGACAUCUGGAAACACAGAGAGAUUGUUGAUGAUCAAGGAUGAGGUGGAUAAUGUACCAUUCCAAGUGAUAGAGUCUUCAAGACGUAUAAUACUUGACCUACCAUGUAGAAUCAACAAAACAUACGAUCACAAUGAUACUCGACACCUGUAUAUAUUCAAUGACAUUGUGAUGGUAGCACGUCCACGCAAACUAUUUGGAGGCAAUCAAUUCUCAAUCAGUUUCCCAUUCCAUCUGACAUCGAUUGUAUCAAAUGGUGAUGCAACCAGCAUCCUCAUAAGCGCAUCCGAUAACAACUAUCCAUCAGUGACCAUGGAAGUGAUCUUCUCAUCACUCACACAAAAGUUGGAUGUAUAUAAUCAAUUGAAUCAACUGAUGUAUGAUUAUAGAGUUAAACAUCAGACUUUGAAAAGAGGAUUAGAUUCAGAAUCAAUGAGACUUUGGAUUGAUGAAGAUGAUCCUUCAGUACAAGUAUUUAACAAUAGUAAUGGAAACAACAACAAUGGUGGAGUCAAUGGUGGCAAUGCUGGAGUUGGUAAUGGUGGAGAUGAGUUUAUGAAUAGGAUUCCAAAGAGUGGUAUAGUCUCCAUCAUGUAUUCACUUGAUAAUCUAUCAUUUGCACCUCGUGGCAAGAUAACAACACCUGGCCUUAUUAAGGCCAAAUAUGCCAGUUAA